AUGGAUUUUGAUUUACGAGCAUUGAAAGCGGUGCUAAAAUCAGCUGAAUUUCUCGAUGAAUCCGGAUAUCAAUCAGUUAUUGAACGCUCGCAACAUAAUCAGUAUGGUACUUGCUGGAUGAUCAACGAAGAUAUGAGUGAUAUUGAUAGUGAUGAUAUCGAUGAUAAUUGGGACGGCUUCAUGGAAGUUGGGGGCCAGCGGAUCAAGGUCAAAGAGAUGUCCGAUAUUCUCGCAUCGCGUUUCGCUUUCUUGUCCGGAGCGCGAACUAAGGACGGUCAUCCAAUUCUCACAUUCCCUGAUAGCCGUUCACAGCUGACGUUUGAUGAAUUCAAACUUCUCAUCUCAUAUCUUCUUCAAAUUCCACCCUUAGAAGAGAUUCAUAAAGGUUACGUUAUCGUCAUUGAUAAAAGAAUGGAUAAAUGGUCAAACGUACGAACACUUCUCUUCAAUUUAACGAAUUUCUUUCCUGGAUCGGUUCGAGUGGUUUUCCUUUUGAAACCCGAAAGUGUUUUUCAACGUGCACUUGAAGUCGGCUAUAAAGGAAUUGUUGAAAACAGCAAAUUUAAAGUGAUUAUUUGCCAAAGUUCUUUGGAACUCCGUCAUUACUUAGGAAUCGACUGCUUAACAAUGGAUGUUGGUGGUGCUCUGAAAUAUAAUCAUCUGGAAUGGGUGCAACAUCGUAUGGAUAUUGAGCGUAUGAAAUCGUCAGCAGCCGUUAUUGCUCAAUCAUUAAGCGAAUUUGGAAGGUGCUUGAAGGAAACUGAAUUGCCAAAUGAUGUCGAAACUACGGCACGAAUAUUGGAAGUCCAAAGCGCAGAGCGCGAUGCAAUCAAGGAAGAUUUCCGUAUAUCAAUUCGUAAGGGUUUAUCACUGCUAAGACACGUUCGCCAAAUUGAUGUGAAACCAGAGCACGAACAAUUAAGUCCAACUAGGUUACACAACGUGACUGCCAUAGAAAGGAUGUUAAUUCAGCUGGAAGAAACUGAACAUAGUUUCGAUAAUUUCUGGUUUCGGCAUGAAAAGCGCUUAACACAGUGCUUGAAAUUGCGACGAUUCGAAGAAAGUUUUCGUAAGCUGCAAUCCUCGUUUGCUAAACAUAUGAUUUAUCUCGAAGAACAUAGAGAGGUUGGUGACGGACCGGAAAAGGCCGAACAGUUGGCGAAAAUACACGAAGAUUAUUCGGAAAUAGCAAUGGAAGACAUAAUGAUGGCGCGUUCAUUACGUGAUACUGGUCAAGAAUUAAUCUCAUCGCAAGAUGUCGAAUUAACGGGAAGUUUAUUGCCGAAGUGCGAUGAGCUUGCAAGGAUGGCUGAUGCUUUACUUGGAGCUCUAACAAGGCGACGACAGGUCCUCUUACUUAGCAAAGAAAUGCACGAGCAAAUACUUGCUGCAAAUAAGUGGUGUAAGCGUGGUGUUGACAUUCUUACUUGCAUUCCACUAGAACUGUCGCCUGUAAACGCUUCAAAUGUUCUCAACAAUAUUGAUGAAUUUAUUUCCGAUGGUCGCAGUCUAAAGUUGGACGCGUUAAGUCAUUCUCCGGAUAUGAAUAGCCUUAUUUUGUUGACUACAACUGAAACAUCAACGCUUCUUUCCCAGGUGGCUGAACGUAUUGAUGAUAUUCGUCGAAUGAGUUCAUCGCGUCGUGAAGCACUAAGAAAAAUUGCUGAUAAGGAAAAUCGUAAACUUCCAGUGCAAGUUGUAAGUCCCGAAAAAUCACAACAGCGAUUAUUAGAUGCUCAUGAGUUAAGUCAAACCUCUACAGAGAAGAUAAACACGGAACGUACAUAUGUAACGGAAUUACAGUCAAUCAUCGAAUAUUAUAUAAAACCAUUCGAAGCACCAGAAAACCAAUCCCUUAUUCCAUCGCAACUCAGAGACCGGGGUCAUAUCGUUUUCGGCAAUUUAAGGGAUUUGUACGAUUUUCAUAGUCGGUUCCUCCUCGCAGACUUUUUUCAAGCAUCAGAAUCCCUUAUCGAUAUUUGCCAUUGCUUUGUUAACCAUUGCAAUCGAUUCCUUCAACUUUAUCACCCAUAUUGUCAAAAUAAAGCUGUUAGUGAGGCACUAAGGCGUGAUUUUGUUCAUGGGCUUAAAUUUUUCGCGGAUUGUCAAAAACGAGCUGGACAUCCAUUACCUCUUAGUGCUUACUUGCUCAAACCUAUACAAAGGAUAACAAAGUAUCAACUCCUUUUAAAGGAACUGCGACGACACUGCGCUGAAGAAAUGCGCUAUCAUGUCGAUGUCGCACUUUCGUCUAUGCUUGAUUUAUUGGCUCAAUUGAAUGCAGCCAUGCAUCAAUUACAUAUUUCAGGAUAUACGGGUGAUCUGACUUUGCUCGGACCUCUUCGUCUCCAAAGUGAAUGCGACAUAUAUGCAUAUAAGAAAAAAAGCCGACGUUUGAAUAAGGCGCAACGUCGUCAUAUCUUCUUAUUCGAUGGUGGUAUUUUGUUUUGUAAAAAGCGCACUCAGCCAGUUCCCUAUGCUCCAGAAUAUUAUGAACAUAAAAUUUGCAUACCGACGUGUAGUCUUGGGUUCACUGAGGUAUCUAAAACGUCAGCAUCACGUUUUGACGUCUGGGAUGAAUCGAAAAACGAAGUUUAUGCAGUGCAACCUCUUGGAGAAAACUUAAAGGCACAGUAUAUUCAGCGAUUGCAUCAAUUGACUUCCGAACGCCAAACUCAUAAACGAACCCAGCGACCGCAGUCGUGGACGUCGAUUGUUUCGAUUGAUAGUUCGACAUCAGCUCCUUCUAACAGCGAUACAGCGACUAGUGUCGAAUGCAAUUUGAUCGAUCCAAAUGGCAAUCAACCAUCGGUGCAAUCGUCUUCUUCAUCAUCUUCGCCAACAUUUGUUCCAUCACAGACAUUGCCAGUUUCGAAAAAUUUACCAGAAUAUAGCAACGAAUCAUUAAUAUCUUUUGGUGAUAUCAGUAAAACAAGGUCAAUGAGCUGUCCUGGGGUAGCCUUUGAACAAUUAAAUGGUCGAAUUUUGUGA